AUCAGAAUCCGAAUAGCGGCUCCUAGAGCCAAACCACAUUUUACACAUUAAGGAACUGUUUCUGGUAAAGUGUUGCUGAUACUAACAAAGGAUAAAUAUAGUUUUAAAAACCGAAUAAGUUUAAAUGGUCCUUCAAGAAAGCAAACGCCUUAAUUUGACCAGAGAGAAAUAAUUUCCUUAUGUUUUAUUUUAAAUACUGUGUUGAUGAUGAAGCUCUUUCUUUGAAAUAAGACGAGCACAACUGAGAUUAAAUCGACGGAGAACUCACUUGACAUGCACUUCACGGACCGCCACGGACUACUACAGUAGCAUAAGCCUGGCCUGUGGAGAGCAAACCCACCCACCCACACGGGGUGAAAUCCACAUCCCCUCGAGGAGUGCAGUGAGGUCGCAGGAGACGAAAGCACCAUUGUGCAGUCAGAGGGAUGGAGGACAGGAGGCACUUGCCUCCAGAUGGAGGUGGCAACGCCAAGCGCUCCGCCUCAGCAGAGUGCAGCACAGAGGUUAGAGUGGUCAGGAAGGAGCAGGGUGACCCUGAGACCUCGACACAAAUACGUGUGAGAAAAGACGAUCUCUGUGAUGUCCCUCGCAAGGUGCCUCGUUUCCAGUAUGUGGAUUUCCCUUCUCUGCACCAGUGCAUCCAACAGCUUUCUGUGCCUCCGCUCAGCGGUUGGCUGGGAUCCUGCUCGUUGGCAAAGGCACCAGACUACAGGCCCACCAGUCCUAAGGAUAAGGUUCCCAAGUUUAAAUAUGUGGACUACCCAUCUCUCCACCACUGCAUUCAGCAGCUGUCCGUGCCACCUUUAGAAAGCUGGAGUGCAGGGCUGGUCAGGUUUAAUGCAGAGGGGAAACAGGACGACUCUAGGACUGUGAAGAAUAACUUAAGGAAUGAGGCAGGAGAUCAAAACAUCGAGGACAGGAAUAGAGUAACAGCAAUUUCUUUCCCAAGAGACACACGCACCUCAGUGUCAGGUAAGGAGGAGAGGCCUCAACACGACUACACCUCAGAGGUGCCACAGAGGUUAGAGAAAGGUAACGCACCUCUAAGGUUCUGGGCUUAUAAACCAGAAGCUGCUUUACAAUCCGAUUUCAGAUCCAGGUCAGAAUCUGGUUCUGGAUCUGAUAGUGAUGCAGCAGUGGCGAGAAACGACAGACCAUCGGUUAUUAACAUGGUGUAUACAGAUAAGCAGAAGCACUGGACAAAGGCAGAUCACCUGGAAGAACAACUGACCUCUCCUGAUUCAGUCGGACGGGUAACGUGGAAUACCCUCCCAGAGUCAGUCUGCCCAUUCUGCCAACAGCUGUUCACAAACCCUGAGCAGUUCAGGGCUCAUCAGCGGAGCCAUAGAGAUAAGAGACCAAACUGAUCUUCAGAGGUACUGAGUGAGAACUGCUUUCGGCAAACACUUAAUGCCACAUCAUAUGGAAUCGUAUCAUCAGAGGCCUUCUUGUGUUGUGACCGGCUGAAGGGGUAUCGCUGACAGGACUAUAGGGAGACGUUUGGGUUCAGACCUUAGGAAUUGGACUGAUGUUGUGAUAUCUAAAAAGACAACUGAACAAACAGAAACAAACAAGCAUACAAUAUGCAUGCACAUACAGUACUCAGAGUAUCCGAUUCAUGUUUCAGAAUAGGUCAACAUUUACUGCCCCAUAUAAGGAACAUCAAAUAUAAUGGGGUUUCAGCUCAAGACAGGGGAUUAGAACCAGAUUUGUAGUCUCUUCCACACAUAAAUCAGUGUGUUUACAGGGGUGGGUGAAGCUCGAUGGACUGGUGCAUAGGAGGAUGAAUUGUAUUACAUAUAUGUGUUCCCCACACUGUGUGCAUAGUGGCAGGCUAAAUAUUUAGCUUUGGGUGCCUACAAAAUAAUGAUUAUUGUUAAUGCUGCACAAACAAACAGGCUUGUUAAUAUUGUUAAUAGCGUUUUAUUGUUUUGUAUUUUUUUAUGUUUUUGGAAAUUAAUGUCUAGUGGCUUCGAGCUAGUAGCUUUAAAUCUUACCAAUGUGUCGCUUGCUUUCAAGUUUUUAAUUGUGUAAGUAAAGUUUUUUUUAUACAGAAAUAAA